AUGGCUGAAUCUGCAGUGAAAAUCUUGAUAUUGAGCAUGGAGUUUGUGCUUGACAAUCCAGGAUAUGCGAUUGGAGGAGUUCGUCAGGAGAUCUCGAAGGUGAAACUUGAGCUAGAGAGCAUAGGUUCAUUUAUAAAAGAUGCUGAGAAGUGUAAAAACCAGAAUGAAGGUGUGUGUGUUUGGGUGGUACAAGUGAGGGACGUAGCGUUUGAAGCUGAAGAUAUCAUUGAUGAGUUCUUGUAUCAUGUGGAUAGCAUGAAAAAGAGCGGUUUUAGAGGGCGUCUAGCUGGUGUGUUUUACCUUCCAAAGAUACUGUGGUUGAGGUAUAAAACUGCCCUGGAGUUGAAGAGAAUCAGAUCUGAGAUUAAAGACAUUGCAAAACGAAGCAAGAGGUAUGAUCUAAGUCACAUGGAAGCAUCCUCGAACGCUGGAUCAAAUUCACAAAAUUGUUGUAGUAGUGUGCAAAAUAUUGGAGAAUCUUCACUCUUCAUUCAGAACGACGAAGUUAUAGGGAUCGAUAAAGUUAAAGACUCGUUGCUGUCAAGUUUGGAGGGAGAGGAGGCUCACCGUGUUGUCAUUUCUAUCGCGGGCAUGGGUGGUUCAGGUAAGACAACUUUAGUCGCGAAAGCGUAUACUAGCCUGACUGUGAGGAAGAAUUUUGAUUGUUGUGCUUGGGUUUCCGUCUCACAAAACAACACGAUUGAGGACCUGCUCAAAAAGCUGAUCUCGGAGUUUUUGGAUGAAAAGGAAGAUCUGAUCCCGAAAAACUUGAAGUCAAUGGACUACAGGCAGUUGGUGGAGACUCUUGUGAAGUUCUUGCACAAAAAGAGGUAUAUUGUUGUAUUUGAUGAUGUAUGGAACAAUAAUUUCUGGAGACAAAUAAGGGUUGCUCUUCCUGAUGAUAAAAACCGGAGCAGGGUCAUCAUAACAACGCGAAAUGAAGAUAUUGCAGCUUACCCUUAUGGUCCUGGUGGCACACAUUUUCGUUCUAAACCUUUAGCUGAUGACUAUGCGUGGAUGCUAUUUUGCAACAAGGCGUUUUCGAGUCAGCCUAAUUGCAAGUGUCCUCCUGAACUGGAGGAAAUAGGCAGGGCAUUGGCAAAAAAAUGUGAAGGUCUACCAUUAGCAAUUGUUGCUCUUGGAGGACUAAUGGGGUCUAAAGAUAGGUCGGAAAUGAAAUGGAGGGAAGUUUACGACAGCUUAAGUUGGCAUAUCAGCAAUAAUAAGUUACUGGCUGAGGUUAAAACUGUUAUGUUGUUGAGUUUCAAUGAUUUGCCUUACUAUCUUAAGAACUGUUUUCUGUAUUGUUGUCGUUUUCCGAUGGGAAAAUGGAUAGGAGCAGGCAGACUCAUUAGAAUGUGGAUGGCUGAAGGUUUUCUGGAAGAAAAGAACAGCCUGAAUUCGGAAGAAGUCGGGAAAAUCUAUCUCAAGGAACUGAUUUCUAGGAACUUACUCCAGGUUGUAAAGAAUCAGAGUUUUAUAAGGCCGAAGACUUGCAAGUUGCAUGAUCUGAUGUGGGAGCUAGCUCGUUCGAUCUCAGAGAAGGAGAAUUUCUUGUCUAUAUGUGGUGAAGAAGUACUGGAGAAAGAUGAGAUAAGAGCACGUAGAUUGUCCGUGUACAAUGUUGAUGGAGCGGUUAAGAUGAAAGGUGAUUUGACACACGUUCGAUCUUUCUCUAUGUUCAAUGACAAAGGGGAAUCCAAGUUUUUGUUGGAUGAUCUUUUAUCCAGGUUUAGACUACUGAGGGUGUUGGAGUUGAACGAUGCCAAAGUUGAUUCGUUACCUAAUGAACUAGGUAACUUGUUCAAUUUAAGGUACUUAAGUCUGGGUGGUACAGGAAUAAAAGAGCUUCCAACGUCUAUGAAUCGACUGAGAAACCUACAGACGUUAGAUAUUAGGCGAACAGAAGUGAAUGUACUCCCAAAUGGAAUCACCGAGCUGCAUAAUCUGCGACAUCUUCUGGCCUAUGGCAAAGAGAUAUCAGCAGAACAUUUUGCAUAUGUUAGAGGGGUGCAAGUUCCGGGCAAGCUGUGGAAGAUGAAGAACUUACAAGUUCUUAAUUGCAUACAGGCAAACGCGGAUAUAGCACGUAAGAUAGUGAAAAUGACUAAGCUUAGAAGGAUUGAGCUCACAAAUGUCAAAGAAGAACAUAUGAAGAAUUUAUGUUCGUCCAUCGACAAACUUAAAUUCCUUCACCAUCUACUUGUGAUGACAGUGGAUGCAAAUGCAAUUCUUAAAUUAGACGAUCUCUCGAAGACUCCAUUCAUUUUCCGGAAGGUUAUUUUAGUUGGAAGAAUGUGCAAAGUUCCUCGUUGGUUUUCUUCGAUGCUCAACGUUAUGCAUUUGCAUUUGCAUUGGAGCCACUUCCCAGAAGAUCAGGAUCCUAUCCCCUGCAUCAGUCAGCUUCCGUGUUUGGAGCAUCUUGUGCUGGUUAAUGCCUAUGCCAGCCAGAAACAGCUGCACUUUGAAUCAGGAUUCCAAAAGCUCGAGGACCUACACAUUUCGUGUUUGCCAGAGUUGGAUGAAAUGGUAUUCCUGGAAGGAGUUAUGCCAAAACUUGGGCGCCUGCAUAUACACGAUUGUCCUAAACUGAAGGUGGUUCCUCAAGGACUUGACUAUCUUACCAAUUUGGAACAGAUGAAUCUGAAAGCAGCUUCAUUAGAACUCGUUGAGAAUAUCCGUGGCAAAGGAAGUAGCAAUCGUUCAAAGGUUGGACGGAUCCCAUCCAUCAAACAUUACUAUGAGGUAGAUGCUCUGAAUUUGGAACUUUGGAAGGCUGCUAAGGUUUGGAAAUCUGGUGCUUACCUCUGUUCUACUUCUGGUUUUGGCUCUUUGUUACUGUGGAAACUAUUCUAUUUGAAUGGUAAUGCUUAA